AUGGCGUCAAAUAGGAAACACGAGCUACCGUUCAAGCUGAACAAUCCAGACUUGCUUCAUAGCCUAUCUUUCGUGAAUGGCGAUUGGGUACGAGCGAAGUCGGGAAAGACGUUCGAAGUGGUCGACCCUGGAACAGGAAAGCCGUGGAUAGAGUGUCCUACGAACGAUGCAUCUGACGUCGACAAUGCUGUUGAAAGCUCGCAUGCAUGUUUCCAGGAGUACAAGAAGAUCAGCCCGCGACAACGAGCACAGAUGCUUUACCGCUGGGAUGCCCUCAUCAAGGAGAAUAGGGAAGACAUAGCGACUAUUCUUGUGUAUGAGACUGGAAAACCUAGAGCCGAGGCGUAUGGAGAAAUCGACUACUCGACAGGCUUCACAUGGUGGUUUGCUGGCGAAGCCGAGCGUAUUCAAGGCAGUGUCUUCACUCCCGCACUACCAAACAGACGCAUCUUCACGAUCAAGCAGCCGCUUGGUGUCGCUGUCGCGUUGGUGCCAUGGAACUUCCCCAUCGCCAUGAUUCUUCGCAAGGCUGGGGCUGCAUUGGCUGCGGGCUGCACGAUGAUUGUGAAACCCAGCCCGGAGACACCAAUCACUGUACUCACACUAGCUUACCUCGCUCAGAAAGCUGGGUUUCCCAAAGGAGCCUUGAACGUCCUCACUACAGAUCUUGACAAGACACCAGAGCUCAGUGAGGCGCUUUGUCGGCAUCCGCUUGUGAGCAAGGUCACGUUUACAGGCUCGACGCGCGUUGGCAAGCUAGUCGCUAGGAUGUGUGCAGACAAUCUGAAGAAAGUCACACUCGAAUUAGGCGGCAAUUGCCCUGUCCUGAUUUUCGACGACGCGAAUAUCGAACAGGCUUUGACUCAGAUCUUCGCGUUGAAGUACCGACAUGCGGGUCAGGCGUGUAUUACGGCGAACCGGAUAUACGUUCAGUCUGGAAUCUUCGACAAGUUCCUCGAACGCUGGAACGCAGAGACACAAAAGAUCGUCGUUGGUCACGGUUCAGAUGAGAAGACGACGAUGGGCCCAGUGACUACUCCACGGGGUGUCGAGAAAGCCUUCGCUCUUGUUGAAGAUGCGAAGAAAAAAGGCGCGAAGAUUCAUACGGGCGGUAACAAGGUGGAAAAGGACGGUGGCUACUUCUUCGAACCUACCGUCAUCACCGGCAUUACGCCAGACAUGGACAUUGCCAAUGAAGAAGCCUUCGCCCCGAUCAGCACAUUCAUUAAGUUCGAGACUGAGGAUGAAGCUGUCAAGGCCGCGAACGACACCAGUAUGGGCCUCGCAUCCUACUGCUUCACGAAGAACGUUGAUCGCACCUGGAGACUGUUUGAGAAUCUGGAGGCCGGCAUGAUCGGGCUGAACACUGGCAACUCUUCUGCUGCAGAAUCGCCAUUUGGUGGCAUCAAACAAUCCGGCUAUGGCAAGGAGUCAGGAAAGGAUGUCGCAGUGAAUGAGUACCUCAUUACGAAGACGGGUACCUUUACGCUGGAGGAGCAGUCGUGA